AUGUAUAUGAAAACUUAUACAAUACGUACAGAUAUUUUUCGACCAUCGCCAGAUUUACCACAAGGUCCAAUUGAUAACUAUCGUGUAAUUAUUGAUAGAACUGAAGUAAAACGUCGUCUAAAAGAUACUGAAUUAUCUUAUAAAAUAAAUGAAGAUAUUUUAGCCAAUAUAAAUCAUACAAUAAGUGUACAUGCUUGUAAUAUUGAUACUCAAAAUCGUACUUUAUGUUCAAAUUCUAAAGAUGUUGAAAUUUUCUAUUCACCUAUCAUUAUUAAUAAUACUCUUUCAUCAACAACACAAUCAGCAUGCAUUCACGAAAGUUCAUCAUGUUUCAUUUCAUUAUUUUUCUUAUAA